CAAAGCUAGCUGAAAGACAGUAUCUAGAGACACUUUCUGAGAGUGAGGUGAAAAGGAGACAACAAAAUGGACUCCUGUUUUCGGCUCCUGCUUCUUGUAGCAUGUCUUUUUCCAGCUCUGGUUCACUGCAAACUUCGCCAAUACAACUUUGAUGUGAUGUUGAAGAAAUCUACUAAACUUUGCUCAAGCAAGUCCAUUGUCACUGUUAAUGGGAGGUUCCCAGGACCUACUCUUUAUGCAAGGGAAGGAGAUACUGUACUAGUCAAGGUCACCAACCAUGUCAAGUAUAAUGUUUCAAUCCACUGGCAUGGAAUUCGGCAACUCAGAACUGGUUGGGCUGAUGGACCAGCGUACAUUACACAGUGUCCAAUUCAGACGGGGCAAAGCUAUGUGUACAAUUUCACAAUUACAGGCCAACGGGGCACACUUCUCUGGCACGCACAUAUUCUCUGGCUGAGGUCCACCGUCCACGGCGCCAUCGUAAUUUUACCUCAGCGUGGAGUUCCAUAUCCUUUCCCAAAACCCAACAAGGAAGUAGUGGUUGUACUCAGUGAAUGGUGGAAGUCAGACACUGAAGCCGUCAUCAAUCAAGCUCUCAAAUCUGGCGUGGCUCCUAAUGUCUCUGAUUCCCACACCAUUAAUGGCCAUCCAGGGCCUGUCUCCAGUUGUUCUUCACAGGGUGGCUUUACGUUGCCUGUCGAAAACGGCAAAACCUACAUGCUUCGGAUAAUCAAUGCUGCACUCAAUGAAGAGCUUUUUUUCAAGAUUGCAGGUCACAAGCUUACAGUUGUGGAAGUUGAUGCCAGCUAUGUAAAGCCAUUCAAAAUCGACACUGUUGUAAUUGCCCCAGGCCAAACCACUAAUGUCCUAGUUACUGCUGACCAAAAUUCUGGCAAAUACCUGGUUACAGCCUCUCCUUUCAUGGACUCCCCAAUUGCAGUCGAUAAUGUGACUGCCACCGCGACGUUACACUAUUCAGGCACACUAGCUAAUACCCCCACAACUCUCACCAAGCCUCCUUCACAAAAUGCCACUGCAGUUGCUAACAACUUUAUUGAUUCUCUUCGUAGCCUUAAUUCAAAAACAUACCCUGCCAGAGUCCCAAAAAAUGUUGAUCACAAUCUUCUAUUUACAGUUGGACUUGGAGUCAAUCCUUGUCCCUCUUGCAAAGCUGGUAAUGGUAGCCGGGUGGUGGCUUCUAUGAAUAAUGUCACAUUUGUUAUGCCAGCUACUGCCUUACUUCAGGCACAUUUUUUCAACAUUAGUGGGGUAUUCACAACUGACUUUCCUGGUAACCCACCAAACGUUUUCAACUACACUGGAAACCCACCAGCAAAUUUGCAAACCAGCAGCGGAACAAAGGUUUAUAGGCUGGAUUACAACUCUACUGUUCAACUUGUUUUGCAAGAUACAGGGAUCAUAUUUCUGGAGAACCAUCCGAUCCAUUUGCACGGAUUCAAUUUCUUUGCGGUCGGUAAGGGACUUGGGAACUACAAUCCAAAGACAGAUCAACAGAAGUUUAAUCUCGUUGAUCCUGUUGAAAGAAACACAAUUGGUGUACCAUCUGGCGGAUGGGUUGCUAUAAGAUUCCUGGCCGAUAACCCUGGAGUCUGGUUCAUGCAUUGUCACUUGGAAAUUCACACAACUUGGGGACUUAAGAUGGCAUUUUUGGUCGACAAUGGGAAUGGCCCCAACCAGUCACUUCUGCCACCCCCGAGUGAUCUUCCAAAAUGUUAAAAGCACAAACAAUCCAUACAUUAUUAUAAAGAAUAGAGAAUUCUCUUCAUCAAAACCGAGAUAUGGAAUAGAAAAUGAAACAGAGAGAAGAAACUAGAUACAGGAUGCAAAUAUUAUUUCUUGAGUAAAGGCAAAUUUUACUCAGCAUAUUUGAAUAAUUAAUGUAAGAGAAUCUUAUUAUAUGAAAUGAAUUUUUUUCUUCUGGGUUUUCA